AUGGAUACGCAAACGUGGCUGGACACUGAUUACGUGCAAAGGAUUCUGCGAAAGGCUGGGAAAGAUGAGUCCAUACAGGUAUCCAGUAUAACCGUCAAGCCAGCCACGGCCAAGGGUGAUAAUUAUACUAGUGACAUGCAUCGCGUCAGCGCAGUGUUGACCCGGAUUAUGAAAGGGCACAACGUCACGGAAACGAAGUCAUUCAUAGCGAAAAUAGCACCUCAAGGUGCACGGGGGGAAAUGAUAUCGAAGGCUAGAUAUUUCGAAACAGAAAUGGCGGUCAUGUCCGAAACUUUACCGUUGAUGAAUAACCUUUUGGCCGAAGUGGGUACCACGCCGUUAGCCGCACAGUGUCUGCAUGUCCAGUACCAAGACCCAGUUCAUCUGAUAAUCGAAGAUCUGACUCCCGAAGCCUUUCGAAUGGCUGAUCGCCUGGCAGGCUUAGACCUAGAUCACUGUUUACUUGCAAUUCGGAAUCUUGCGAUUUUUCACGCAAGUUCGGUAGCUCUAACGGAAAAGAAUCCCGAGGCAGUAACGAAGUACAAGGAAGGAAUUUUUCACAAAAAUCGACCAUCUACACUAACGGCAAUGUUUAAAUUAGGGACACAAACCCUAGCUAAACAGGUUGCCGAAUGGUCCGAACUGAGUCCACGGAUUGCAGAAAAAAUUCUCAAUUUAUCUGAAACCAUUUAUGAAAAAGGAUGCGAAGCAGCUCUUUUUCGAGAGGAAGAUUUCAACGUUCUCAAUCACGGAGAUUUCUGGAUAAACAAUAUGCUGUUCCAAUACGAUAAUCAACAGAAGCCCGUUGGUUACAGAUUUGUGGAUUUCCAAGUCUGUCACUACGGAUCACCAGCAGUGGACAUUCUUUUCUUUUUCGGCACCAGCCCGUCCGACGAAAUUCGAAUGCAUUAUCGCGAAUUUAUUUUACGCGAGUACCACGUUACGCUAACCGGUACAAUGGCUAAACUUGAAUGCAGCACGGAAGCGCCAAACUUCGAUACUUUGCAGGAAAUGUUGAGGAAGCGUGCUUUAUACGAGGUGGUAGUAGCUUUCACGUUAUUGCCACUUGUUCUCGUUGACAAAAGCAAAGUGAAAAGCUUGGACGAUUUAGCGUCGUCAGAUAAAAAAUAUGACCGCCCCGCCUAUGAGGGGAAAUCUUAUCGAAAGGUGAUAACUAGACUUCUACCGCUGUACGACGGCAUGGGGUUGUUGGAUGUAUAGCGAUCUUUAUGAAUCCUUGUGAAAUCCUCGGGACAUGUAUCGACGGGUUUUUC